AUGGACCAACCAAGCUCACAAGAUGAACUCUGCCCUCUUGAAUAUGCACGAGCACAAGGCCUCUGUAUCGACUAUACUACUGAGCCACUCCCGUUUCCGAAAUUGGAUGUAUUGUCGACUACAGCUCUUGACGAGAGCCUUUUCAGUCUCUCCGAGUCCUCCACUACUGAUAUUGCCUCCACCCUAACAAAGGAACGACUUACAGUAAAGAGAGACGCUGUGCUACUGCUCAAGACAAUCUAUGCCUACCAAGAAGAGCCUUCGGUCAGCCGUUUUCAGACUGACAACAGAAAAUGCAUCCUGGACCUAAAACCCGAGCUUCCAGUUCUCCAGUCAGACCACGACAUCGACAUGAUGAAUUUUGGCAGUGUGGUACCACCAGACUUCAGGAAUCUCAACAUCCCAUCUGAGCUUGUUAAUGAACAAAACGAGGACGGCUUUGAAUGGCCCACUGUAUACCACACAUAUCCUGCACAAUGCGAUGCGCAAGCCAAAACUGAAAAGCUUGCUGUCUCCAGAAGCACACUCUUGCAUCUCCAAGAAGCUAUCCGCGAUGCAUACGUGCCAGAGGAUAGUGAGGUACUGAAGGCCGAAGAUAAGAUUUACAAUCGGGAUCUAACUAUUCGCCCCAUCACGCCUCCCUUACUCCCGCUUUCUCCAUUGCAGGAGCCCUACAUACCUUCAUCACCCACAAACAAUCUACCGCUUGUGUCAGAUAGCAGCGACUCCGUCCGUGCAGAGACAGAAAUAAUUCAAAGUGAGAUCAUGGCUGCAGAUUCCCUUGCUCGGAAAGAAUCUGACAGCAGUGAUUCGAUGCUUCUCGACAUGAUUUACCCGCUAUCAUUCAGCCCAUUGUCCGAGGCAUGUACACUAGUUCCUUCGAAGCGUAAAGCUGCAGACUUGAAAGUGGAAGGACCGUUGACACCGUUGAUGUUUUCUACCUCACCGAUGAAGAAGCUCAAAUCGGUCUCUUUUGCCACAGAAUUAAGUGAGCUUAUCGCAUAUGAGCCCUGGGGUCAGGAUAAUGCCGAUGGUGAUGAUGAAUUCGCGAGUGAGGACUUUGAAAUCUUUACGGAAAUCGAACCACUCGCUGAAAAAGUGAGCAAGUCUGUUGGAAAUGAGCAGCUGUCCGAUGCUGAUACUACUGCACGUGUUGACGUUCCGUAUAUCGACUCUCCACUACCCGUCGCGCCCUGGAUGGAGUAUAGUCGGCGAAACCGCGACAAUUGCCAGUAUCCCACUGAGUUUGAAUCCCAGGCGCAAUUUCUACGUAGGAUCAAACGUGAGGAGCUGAAAUUUGCGCCAGCCUGGCAUGGAAUAUCAGUCCCGGAAAGAGAGUUGCAAUGGGGUUUCUUGACGACAAAGAUGUCAACACUAAAGCUAGACGAGACAUUACAUGGCGAAACCGAGAUGAAGAGGAUUCUAAGUGAAGCCAGGACAGGUAACAUUGCAACCAGCUCUACGCAGGUAUGGAAGCGGGAUGGGCUCAGAAUCUUUGAUGAAAACGACGAGGACGAACUAGAGUCAGUGCUCAAUGAGGACAGCCAGGGCAUGCAAGCUUUAUUAGAAAAGCACAAGCUGGAGUCAGAGGAGGAAACGAUAGAGGCACGUCACAAAAAAACAGUGCCACAGCGCCAUCUACCGACAGGUUUGGAAACAAAGACUAGAGAUACAAGCCAACAGUUGUCACAAGAACAGAUUUCACGGCUGAAGCCUACACAGAAGACAAAAAACGGUAAUGGCAAUGAGAUCAUGUUUGGUGGUUUCUCUGCUACAAGUGAUCUUCACAGGUUUUUGGAGACACGUGGAAAGGCUGCUGGGUCUGUAAGAACUGACGCCGUGAAAAGGCCUUUCUUCAGCAAAAGUGCUCAUUCAGUGAACAUAUCGAAAGUUCAGGCAUCUAUAAGGCCUGUCGGGGAGGCAAAAAACGAGAUGCACAAAGCACAUUUUAGAGAUGAUAAGAAGACGAAGAUGACGGACCCUAUGCCCUCGCCUACAAAUAUCUCAGCCGACCUUAAGCCGUGUUCGUUCCUUAUUUCGUCAAAGUUUCUGCAACAAAGAAGCAUGUUGAGGCGGAUAGAACAGAUGUUUCCAAACGCUGAGAUGGUGUACCGAGACUACACUCUACCACACUCGCCAGCCAAAGAUGCCGACAUGAUUCUUUCGCCUUCCACCGGUCUGAUUCUUACUUCCUUGCAACAAAUCAAACAGCGAGCUCUUCCAGGGCAAAUAGAAAGGUCCCUGAUAAAGGAGUGUUUGGCUACUCUCCAGUCACGAUACGAGAGACUGGUUGUCCUGAUCAGCGAGGGACUCGGUCGUGAAUUGGAAGAGUUGGGGUCAAGUCGUCCAGAGGACCCACGCGAUAGUGAAGCAUUGAAAGCGAUUGAGGAAUUUACUUCUAAUAUGGAGGGUGAUGUGCUGGUGAAGUACGUUCCCGGAGGCGAGAAGGCCCUCGCGCGUGCCACAGUGACAGAAAUGGGAAAAUACGGCUUACCGUACGGCUCAGCCGACAUUGGUGACAUCAAGCCCAUAGCUCAGGAAACAACAUAUGAGGUCUUCCUGCGUCGAGCAGGUCUAAAUCCUUUUGCGGCUCAGGUCAUUGUCGCAUUGCUGAAGAAGCCGACAACGCUCGAAAUUGCACUCUGUUCCAGCUCACCCUUUGCAGCCGAGCCGAAGCACGUAUCUGCAACUGGAAUCUCUCGCUUUCUGAUUAUGAGCAAAGAUGAGCGAAUCCGUUUGUUCCAGACUCUGAUGGGUGGAAGUCGGGUAUUGAAGAGGGUCAGUGAUAGGCUGGACCAGGAAUGGGUCAGCGCUGCACACGGCUUUAGAAUGUAACGCAACUCUAUUCUACAGGGCAUUGCAGAGGUAUUGCCAGGAUUAUAUUUGCGGAUUCCAGCAUAGCAAGCAAGACCUUUGCGGCUGUAGU